AUGUUGUGCCAUCUUGUGAGAGGAAAGGUGCGUCAAGGUGAUUUUGAUUAUUUCAAGCCCUGGGUUCUAGAAGUCAUGUGAUUCCACAUACUUCCAUCUGUUGAAUACAGUUGUUUUCAUGAUUGCAAUGUAAAUGUAGUGUCCUACAGCCAGUGAAUCACAACAGGAAGAAUCCGAAGUCUAUAAGACCCAAGCUGCAACUUCUUCAGCUCCCUUCAUCUCUCUUGAAGAUUUCUCGUCCCUAUUUACCAAUAGUAUCGAUAUCAUGGGAAAUUCACACAGUUCACCUGCUUCAGCCUCUCAUGAGACGGCACAAAACACCAACCACCAUGUCGCAUCUCACGCAUCACAUAUGUCACAAACCGAAACCGCAGAGCCUUGCACAAUCACCUUUUUGGAAUGCAAUCUUCGGCACACCGUAGUCUUCGAGCUUUGUUGCUCGAAACAGGAAGGGAGGUACAGAUUCAUGCGGGAGAAAGGCUAUGUGAGAAAGUUGACUCGGUGUCCGCAAUGCGAAGGCCCGCUUGAGUUCAAGAAUAGACUGGUAUGGGAUCUGGCGGUUGGAAAACCGACGGCGACGACGGAGAAGCCUUGA